GGAGGCCGGCGACGGCACCGGCGAGGCGGAGCGCCAGUCGAUACCGGACCACGAGAGCCAGCGGCUGCUGCUGCUGCUGCCACCGCCGAGGUACACCUCUGCCGCUCUGGCUGCCGCGCCGCAGCAGGCGAAAGGAGACGCCGCCGGCACUGCGCAUGCGCGAGGGCCCGCCGCCAGCUGCCGCCCCACAGCAGCGACGGCAGAAGACGCGUCCGGGCGAGGCCUCAGACCUGCGCGUCCAUUACGCACGGCGCAUCCUGUAGCGCGAACACCCGCGGCGUAACCGUCGCCCGGUAACCUGUGUUAAUCGCGGAGCCUCGCGCCCGCCACGCCUGUAUCGGUGCACCGAGUCGCGGCGGCCGUUAUCGACACCGCGGAGAUGCGCCAUCCCUGAGCGCGGCUGCGGCCGCUCCCCCCCAGCUGCAAACCUCGCCCUUCCUGCCGGCGGCUCGUGGAACCUCCUGGCCGACCCAUCCGCGCCUCCGCUAUCUCGCCAGCGCCGCAGUCUUUGUACGCGGCGAACCAGUGUGUGUCGCGCGGCUGCUACGCCGUCGAGAGUUCGUCGCUUGUGAAGUGCCGUAUUGUGCUUCGGAAAAUAACUAGGUUGUGUGAGUGCGAGCCAUGCUGGAGAAGACGACGAUUAAAAGUGUAACAAGUGCCAUGUGAAACUGCGCGCCUUCUGAGGAUCUUCACGCUGCAGAUAACUUUCUCCGCCAAAUAGUUUGUGCGUGAGCGGAUCACUCCGGCGACAUCCACUUCACAGCUGCAAUGGACGAGGUCACCGCCGACGCGGCCACUGACGCGCCGAUGACGUCUCCCGAGGCCGGCGAAGCCCCGCCGGCCGGCGAAACCGCAGCCGCCCCCGCCGCCGACGCGGUCGGCGAGUCCACUUCGAAAGAGGACUGCGACGGCCACGACAGCGGCGACUCCGCCGAGGCCGGCGAGCCGGACGCGACGACGGCGGAGGAGGCGGAAGAGGACGCGAACCUGCCCGAGUGUAAGAUAAAGCGCAACUACUCGUGCAGCCACUGCACCUACUUCACGCAGAACCCGCGCUCGUACCUGUACCACCUGAAGGACGAGCACAAGGAGAAGAUCAGGGUGUACGAGUGCCCCAACUGCCUGUACGCGUCCAAGCACAGCCAGAAGCUGCAGCGGCACGUGCAUAUGGUGCACGUCAUGGGCAGGGGCAAGCGGAAGAGCUCGGCGCGCUCGCCCAAGGCGAGGAAGGCGCCGCCGGACAGGGACAAGGCGCCGCCGCCCCUGCUGCCCUGCUCGGACGUAGUCGUCAAGCGGGAGCCUGCCGGCUCCGAGGAGGAGGCGCCAGGGGACGGCUCCGCUGCCAAGGAGGCCGCCGGAGACGAGAAGUGUGAACAGGCCGAAGACGGCAGUAAGGAGACGUACACGUGCUCGCAGUGCCCGUUCUCCGACCAGAACAAGGCGCUAGUGGCGCGGCACGAACAGGCGGUGCACCUCCGCAAGAAGUUCUUCCGCUGCAGCAAGUGCAAUUACGUGACGCACAUGCGCGCCAGGUUCACGAAGCACGUCAAGUACCACUCGAUGCCGAUGAUCAAGUGCGACAUGUGCGACUUCCGUACGCCGUACAAGUGGAACCUGGACCGCCACUACAAGAACCACACGGGCGACGGCGCGUUCCGCUGCUCGCUGUGCAACUUCACGGCAGACAUCAAGCAGAGCCUGACGGUGCACGAGAUGAACCACCACGUGCCGCCGGCGAGUGCGGGGGUGCCCGUGCCGCGCCGCCGCAACAAGGUGGGCGCCAGCGACUCGGCGCCCGCGCCCGCGCCCGCCCCCGCAGAGCCGCCGCCGCCGCCGCCGCCGCCGCUCCAGGUGCCGCCCCCGCACCUACAGGCGUCGCCGGCCACGCCCACGCGCCUGCCGCCCCCGCCGCCCUUGCAGCAUAUUCCGACUCUCGUGUCCGAUUUCCGCUCCCAGCUGCACUCGUCUCGAGCUUCUUUCGAGGUUUCACCAUUCAACCCAGUCCUUGGUACGAGUACUCCAGAACUGCAUUCAUCUUUUGAUCACAGCAUCAGUGACAAAUGCAUAGGCAGCAGUAAAGUUCCCUCAAGUGGAAUAAUAAAAAGAUCACCAAAAAUUAAAGUUACCGCAAAGAAAAGUAAAGUCAUAUCAACCCAAGAACACAGUGAACGCCAUGAUUUUCAGGCUGAUUUUAUACACCCAGAUGAUAUCAUUCAUCAUAAAAAUGGCAAUGUGUACAUAAAAACAUUGAAAUGUAAGAGCUGUAAUUUCAAAGCUGCCUGGGGCAGUGAAAUGGCUCGCCAUGAAAGCAAAGUCCAUGGAGUUCUCACAAAAUUGACACCACCCAAAAAGUUUCCUCGACCAAUACCUAACUUGAUACCAAUACAGACAAGGGCAUCAGUGCCAAGUGCAUCAAAGCCAGUACCCAUUCUGAAAAUACCAACCAUCCGUGCUAGAGACUUUAGCACAAGCUUUAAACCUGGAGUGUCACCUUUAUCAGAAAAUUCACUGAGUGAAAAGGAUUUAAAUGAAAUAUGUGCAAAAUCAUGUGCAAAUAGCUCUCUUAGAGAUUUUGCAUCUGUAAUAGGUGAUGAAAAUGCAUUCACAGUUUCAGGAGAAGAAAAAAGUAAGUCAUGGAUGGAUGAAUCACACAAUACUAUGUGGAGUGAACCACACAGUAUAGAAUUAAGAAAUAAUAACUGUUUUUCGGAAUCACUUAAUGACCUGAAAUUUGAAUCGUCACCUGUGGGUACAAUGAAAAAGAAAAGUUCUUCAUUUUUGGAUCAAAUUAAAGAGAAAUUAUUAAUUGGUCCAGGUGAUUCAUCUAGUUUAGUGUGCACAUUCUGCAACUAUGAAUGCAAAUGUCUUUCAGAAUUUGUUAGACAUGAGAAACAACACAACUUAGGAAGUAACAGAACAUUGUGUGUGGGAGGCAAUUCAUCCACUAUACUGAGUGGUACAGAGCUCUCGUCAACUAGAUGCCAGCAUUGCAGACAGCGCUGCAAAACAAGUGCUGACUUGGUCAUUCAUCUGCAAUCAUGUACAGAAGCAAACAGAUACACAAAAGGGUCCAAUGAUAUAAAUCUUGAAACAUCUGAUGAUGUGUGUGAAAUGAAUGGAGAACUUAUGCUGAAUGAACCAUACAUUGACAAACAAGAAACAGCACAUCCCAUGGUAAACAAAGUAUUUGUAUGGAAUGAAUUUGGUCAAGAUAUGGAGAGUGACCAGAAUAGUCAGCUUCCAUCAGAUGAAAUGCAGGAACAAGAAAAUAUAUCAGUUGAUAAUGAAACUGAGAGCUGUCUACAACUUAAUGGAGGCUGCAAACCAUCUGACAAUGAAGUAGGCCUUGUUGGGUUUGAGACCGCUCCUGGUUAUGGGGCUGUAAGUAACACAAGUGAUGAUGGGACUCCAGCAAGCAACAGUGACUCAGCUGCGACUCCUGGUACAUAUACUGUUGUUAAAAGGGUAUUCAAGUGCCCACACUGCACUUUCUGGGCAUCCACAGCAUCUCGAUUCCAUGUUCAUAUUGUUGGACAUCUCAACAAGAAACCAUUUGAAUGCUCACUGUGUGCUUAUCGCUCAAACUGGAGAUGGGAUAUUACAAAACAUAUUAGACUGAAAGUAGUCCGUGACAAGAACCAUGCAGAUGCGAAAGUCUUGAUGACAGAUGAAACAGGUCGACGAAAUUAUAGCAAGUAUAACAAGUAUCUAACAGCGCUGAGAAUGCGUGAAUAUCUUCCAUCUACCACCGAUCAACAAAGACUGCUGCCAACACCACCUCGUCUCACGCGUGCUCCUACACCACCAGCAGAUGGGGUAUGUGGUGUCCCUCCUGGUCCACUUCGCCCACCUCCACCCCUCCGUGCUGCACAUUCUAUGAUCUCGUCAGUACCAUCACAAGUACAGUCUCAAGAACCAGUGGUACAGAAAACAAUAUCUGGCCAAAAAAGAUCAGCAUCUGAUGCUGCUCUUACAGAUAAGCCCUCAGUUGAAGUCAAGAGAACAUUGUGGAAGUGCAAGAAAUGCAAUUUCCGUGAUGCAAGCCGUGAACUAGUGCUUAGUCAUGUCAAGGGACACUACCAGGAACGUCUUCUUUCACAGGGUGUAGCUUCAGGUGAUACUCCAGUUUUGAAAAACAAUAAAGACAACUCACAGUCACCUGGAAAUGAAAGCACUCAUCAAAUAAUAAAAAAUGAAACACAAAAUGAGGAUGUCAAUAUGAGUAUGACAGAAACAAGUCUAAGUGCUGCAGGAGAAACUACAGUGAAGCAGGAAAAGGAAGAUGAUUCAUUCAGAUGUACCAUAUGUCCUUUCAUAACAAAUCUCGAGAACACUUUAGAAGAACACCUUGAGAACCAUGCUUCCCAAAGUGUGAAUGAUCUCAAAUGUACAAUGUGUUCAUACUCUGUUGUUGACAAAAGUGAGUUAUCAGAACAUAUGAAGCUACAUGGUGUUAUGGAUGUAGAGCCAGGUGAUGACAAUUAUCAUCAUGAUAUGUCUGUGGACAAAAACUCGGAAGAAGAAGAGAAUGAGAGUUCACCACAACAGACUGGCACAGAUGGAAGUAUGUGCAAACGCUACAGAUGUGCAAAUUGUCCAUAUCUCAGUAACAGCAAGAGCCAGUUCCUUUACCACAAGCAGUUUCACAGACCACGUGGAGCACCUUUCAAAUGUGGUAUCUGUUCGUAUAAUGUUAGCAAACGCCACCUACUUCAUCAGCAUCUGCGUGUGCAUGGCAUUCUUAUUCCACCCCAGAAAAGUCCCACCAAGUCUGGAAAAGAGAGCCAGGAUGAAAGUGCUGAUGAACAAGUUCAAACAGCAGUGUCUGGAGACAUUAAGAGGCCAACAACAAUGGUAGACCACCGACUAACAUCUCUAGAUACUAGCGGUUUAUCACAGGUGCCAUUAGUUUGGGUUUCUCGAGAGAGUAAAUUUUUUAAAAUGUACAAAUGCCGAUACUGCCCACAUGUAAAUUUUCGUAAAGCUAAUAUCCUGGAACAUGAGAAAAUGCAUACUGACAGAACCAAAGAUGUUAACAGUCAUAAUGAUAGUGGAGGGAAAGCUCAGUCAAGCAAUAAUCUAGUUCAGCACCAUUGUCCAGAAUGUAAUUACAUUUGUAAUAAUGCUGGAGUACUAUCAUCACAUGCUAAAGUUCAUCAAGGAUUCUAUGGUCAGAUUCAUGCCCUGGUAGAUCCUUCUAGAACAGAUGAAGCGCAGCUUGAAGAGCUUUCUGCAAUGGUGAAUAUUGAGAGUGAUUGUACAGGUACUAAGCAACCUAUAAAUAAUAUUAAAAAUGAACAAACAGGAAGUUCUGAUUCAAGUAAAGACAUCUCAUUAGCUGCUGAUGGCACAGAAACUUCUAAAAAAGAUGAAAAUCCACAAUGUGACCCUUCAGUUUUGGAGGAAUCUGUGUCUAUAAGUGACAGUACCAAGAGAAGUCUUUACUUUUGUCCUCGCUGUCCUGCAAGAUUCUUGUGUGAAAAGGAAUUGAAAAUUCACCGUAGGUACCAUAUUUUCCAUUUGUCACACGUAUGUGAGUUUUGCUCCUACACUGCUAAGCAGCGAUCCUACCUACUUGCUCAUAUGAAAGUCCAUACAGAUGAAUACCAGAAAAAAACAGACGUGCUUCUUGAAAUGUACGGAUCACGUCAGGAAUAUCCUCGGCCACAGAUAGCUGUUGACAACCCUGAGGCUGCUAAUGUCAUGUGGGUAGUUAUUGACAAGUCAGGAAAAAAGGACAGCAGAAUGGAUCCACGUGGAACUGACAAGCAUUAUACCUGUGAUCGUUGUCCUGCGAAAUUCCUUAAAAGUGAUUCUUUACAUUAUCACAUAUCAAUGCAUGGAGGUCAAGGACAGUACAAGUGUAAAUACUGUGACUACACUGCUAAAACAUUUGGUCACUUAAUUAAACAUGAAAAUGUUCACCAAGAUAGAAUAUUUCCUCUAGACUCUUCUCUUCUAUCAACAACAAACAAAGUAUCACCUGAGAGUGUUUCUGACAGAAAAACUUUUCCACAGUCUGAUGCAUCUGAACAAAAGACCAUUUCACAAAAGGUUUCACCAGAAAGAAGUGGCAUAUUACAAUCUGUCUCAAAAGAUCGUCCACAGCUGCAUGUAGAUCCACAGUUUGGAAUUCUCAUGCAUGGAAAUCCCGACUUCAUUUAUCCCACUUACUUAAAAAAUGGUAGACUGAAAGAAAAACGUUAUAAAUGUCACAAAUGUCCUUCAGCAUUUGAGAAACGUGAGCAAUACAGGACACACCUUUCACUUCAUGGUGCGAAGCAGAGAUACAGAUGUGAAAAAUGUGAUUACUCCGUAAAGUACUAUGCCAACUACAUACAGCAUAUGCGUAAACACAAGGAUAAUGAUGACGCCCAAGCAGCACGGUUGAUAGAAAAAAAAAAGUCUGAUCAUGAGUUACUUGAUAUAAAAGAAGAAAUUACAGAAACAGAAGCAGAAACAGAAACAGAACCGGCAUCAGUACCAGAGUCAGAAGUGGAACUACAAUCACAGCAGCAGAAAGAACCAGAGCCAGAGCCAGAGCCGGAGUCAGAACAAGUACCAGUACCAGGACCAGUACCAGAACCACCACAAGUACCAGAACGAGAAUCAGAACUAGUACCAGUACCAGAACAAGAAUCGGAACCAGUACCAGAACCAGAAUCAGGACCAAUAUCGAUACCAGUACCAGAACCAGAAUCAGGACCAGUAACAAUACCAGUACCAGAACCAGAGCCAGUGACAGUAACAGAGCCUGAGGUGCAGUUUCAGCCAGAAGAGACUAGUAAACCAGCAGGAAUUCGUGCUAGGAAGAGUAUUGGAUCUACUUCUAAACCUGGCCCAAUUCAGAUGACUGUAGCAGAUCGGCAAAUACUGUUACUGAUGCAGAUGAAACAUGCAGAAAGUCUGAAAGCGUCGCAAGAGACUUUCAAGGAGCAGUUGCAGAAAAGCUACUGGUGCCCCCAUUGCCCCUAUUCGACUCCUCAACAUGAUGACCUAGAAAUCCAUAUUAGGAAGCACACAUCAGCAUCUGGUAUACAGUCAAAUUACCUAUGUGAUUACUGUGAUUACUCUGUGCCAUCUGUUCAUUUUUUACGUGAACAUCACAAGUUGCACUUUGCUCAGAAGAGGUUUGCAACAGAAUGUUUCAUGAAGAGUAGAUGUAUACAGAUAUGGAGACAAGAAACUGGUGAAACAGACAGUGUAGAAACUGGUAAAGACCAGCCCUCUGAGGACUGUAAAAGAUCAGGAAAACAUCUAGCAUUUAAAGAUAGGGGAACUUCUGUGGAAAUUCAGGACAGAUUCGAACCAAUUUUACAAGUGGAAAGUGAUUGUGUAAAUCUGGACAUAAAUGCAGAGAAGAAAGUCACAAUUGAUUUAGAUACUGGUGACCCAAUUGACAUGGAAGCCGAUUACCAGGAAAGUGGUGAUACAAAUGAUAGUUCUGCAGACAAAGAGAAAUUUUUAGAGGAACUCGACUUAGAAACCAAAGAAGCUGAAAUGGAAGAAGCUGAAAUGGAAGAAGCUGAAAUGGAAGAAGCUGAAAUGGAUACUGAGAUACCUCAUGAGUUGAGGUGUGUGAUUAAGCAGGAACUACCAGACAGCGAAUAUGCUGAGGAUGAUAGUUCAAGCAUUGUUGAUGGUACAAUAGAAUCCACAGAGUACUUGAAAAGUGUCGAAGAUGUGUGUAUUUCAUGACAUUAGUUUAAAAAUAACAAUUAGUCUAGACAUUUGCAGAACAGGAAAAGACUGGCCAGAUUUACAGAUUUUACAAGUUAAUUUGUGUAUGUAAUUAGCCGCUGUGUGCAGUGGUAACACCAUUAAUAUGCCACUGAAUAAUGUAGUUUACAGAGAGUGAGUCUGUGAAUUAGAAAAAGCCAAAGCAAAGAUUUUAAUAUUUUCAUAAGUGUAUAUAUGUAGAGUUUGUGCAUAAGUUAAGUUAGUAAGACUUUUUUCCAGUUCAGAGGGAUAUACAUCUCUCGUAAGUCCAAGGGACCAUCUAUUUGACCAACAAAGACUGUUUAGAAAGCACUGUAGCUUAUUUUCCUUCAUGUUAUGAGCUGAUUUAGCAGAACAAUUCAGCAGUUUUCGUAGUUACCUCCUUUGUCAUUGUUAUGUGAUGUGCUAUUCUGCUCAUGACUGUGUGCAUCAGAAAUAAGCAUUAAUUGGCAGUUUUUGUCUUCCCUCUAAGUUAUCAUAAAUAAAUGACUUUACAAUUGUGAGACUAUAUGUAUGAAUGUAAAUGCUGUUAUUAAAAAAAUACACACACAAUGAUAAUUUACACCCAUCACAGAGUACAAAAAAACUGUAAACGUGUUAAACAGAAUCCUUCCUUCUUUGAGGGAAAAGAGAAUUAUUCACAUUCUGACUGCUCUUUUUCUGUGCCUCUCGUACUGUAAUUUUCGUAAUACAUGUGCAAAUAUUUGUUAUUUAAGUUUAUAAGCUUCAUGAAGUUAUUUCAAAUGUUUUCUAGACUGGAUAUCUAGUCAUAUCCAAAUUAGAAUAAUAAUUUAUAAUAAAUUAUAUUUUAUGAAUAAU